AUGGGAACUAAUAUUAAUAAACCAGCGAAUAUACUCGGAGGUUCAUGCGAAUUUGCGGCUGAAACUGGACCAAGAGCUGCUUGCAAGCAUUUGGCGGCGUUAUGCUUCUCGCUACUUGAUUACGAUCGAAAUAAACUAUACGAAGCGUGUACUCAACGUCAGCUGCGUACCAAAUACAAACAACAAUCAACAGCAACAGCCUUCUUUCUACUGCCACAAAAACAAAAUUCAGAAUUUCUUCCUAUCCCAUCACGCAUUACUGGUCGUAUCUUCAUUUCUGAAAUAGAGAUCAUCGCCACGACGUUGACAAAGUGUUACGCAGACAACAUCUAUCUUUCAUAUACUGACAUUUCGUCGCUUGAGCAAGCAACUCGUAGACAAGCGUCAUCAACUCAUUGGCACGAAGCAAGAAAGCUACACAUCUCAAGUGAGUUAUUCCAAGCAUCAGAAAUAUUUGUGGUAUCAUCAAGUAAUUUUUAUUUAAGCAUCGAUGUUCACGAUGUUGCUAUUCAAAAGGAAGACUUCACCGAACUUGCCCAAUCUAUUAUUGCACAUCGGUCAAAAAUUGGAAUUAAUACUGUAACGUGUCCUUGUGGAUUAAUCGUGGAUCCUGUUACAACUCAUCUAUGGUGUAGUCCUGACGCUCUGGUCAUGGAGAACUUUAAUAACACGACAAACUAUGGACUUGUGGAACGUAAAUGCGUCUAUGCCAAUCCUGGUGAUAGUUGGAACGCCUUAAUGGUCUGCCGUGAACAUUUCUGUCUGGAAAGAUCUAAUGGUCAACUUCAUUUACGUACGGAUCAUCCCUACUACUAUCAGCUCAUCACUAUAAUGGGUGUCUCCAAUCAACCAUGGAUUGAUUUAUGUGUCUUGGAAAAUGAUGAAGUUCGCAUCGAACGAUUUUAUCCUGAUGCGAACAUUUGGUCGACAAUAAGAAAGAGGCUCACUGGCUUUUACUUCAAUGUCUUCCUGGAAGAAGUUUCAAAGACGCGACCUGUUUUCUUCUCUAUAUGUAAUGUAUUUGAUACUAGUUUUGUUGGAAUAAAUUUGUUUUCGUACGAAAAAAGUACUUAUCCUUAA